AUGCGCCAACAAGAUCAACAUACUCAUUCUACCACAAACUGCCCUUUAAGAUCCAUGGCCUGGAUCACUGUGAAUGAACAGACAACUGUCACUCAUGCUACAGGCGAUAUCAUCACUCUAUUAGGGUUUAAUCCAGUCGGACAAUCAUUAGAUGACAUUUGGCAGCCGUUACAAAAAGACAUCUCUCCUUCAGCACCCACACGCCUUGUAUCCACCGUCAACGAGAAGGUGCUAGAAAUUUGUCAGCAUGUGAACAAUGAUAAAACCUCUGCAAAGCCAACAACCACAACCAUCAUCUGCACCGAUAUGACCGAACUGAAUCACAUGUAUACUGCCAGUCGUCAGAAAUAUAGUCAAGUGGCUAUCACUCGGUUAACAAUGUAUGGUACCAUUGAUGCCGUAUUUCAAUCGGAUGAGCAAAACACGAUACUGGCAGUUGGCCAGCCCAUGAUGCGAUAUAUCCAUUCAGACGAUGUGCAACAAUUUUGUGCUGGACUGAAACAAGCGACUAAAUACAAUGUCAUUGCUACAUUUUGUGUGCGAUUUAUCGACGAUGAAACGUUUGAAUUCACUGUCAUGGCAAUUGAAGAUGGGAAAGUGCUCUGCUUGAUGAAGCCCUCCUUGGAGAAACAACCAGAACAGCAGAAAAUCAGUUGCACCAACAACAGUGUGCUUCGCAACUCUGUGAUACAGAUCCAGCAUCGAUUUUGGUACGCCUUGGAGCACGGCAUGACAUUUAUCGCUCGCAAUCUAGCAAAUAGCUUGAUUAUGAUGAUUCAAACUGUUUGGUGCUUUUGGCAUGACAACAAUAGUAACAACGAAGCUUGCACUUGGUCUGGUCUAUUUUCAAGCUCGUCAGAGUAUCUUGUAAAGAAGCUGGUGUCCACCACAAAGGAGAGGCCGGAAAUUGAUACCUUCUGUCACUUGGUGAGCUACAUUGGCAUAUCAAAAACAACCUCAAGGGCUUGGUUUGAUUUCACUCUAGAUGCAACAUCCGAAUGGCUUAUUCAAAAGGCAUUAACAGAUACCAACUCUAGUGAAAAUGUCGACAGCUUAAUCUAG